CAUUCCCACGUGGCGCCCGCACCCCGUGCACCUGAGUGCGUUCAACCGGCAGGGCAGCGGCUGCUUUUCCAGUCCCUGUAGAUGGCAGACAAAAAGGUUAUCGUGGUGUUUGGGGCAACAGGAGCCCAGGGCGGCGCGGUGGCCAGGGCGCUGAUGGCGGAGGCCACCUUCCUGGUGCGCGGGGUCACCCGCAAGCCGCAGCAGAAGGCGGCCCGGGAGCUGAAGAAGCUGGGAGCGGAAGUGGUGAAGGCCGACCUGGAGGACGCCCGGAGCCUGGAGGCGGCCCUGCGGGGGGCACACGCAGCCUUCCUCGUGACGGACUUCUGGGAGCACCUCAGUGAAGAGCGGGAGGUGGCCCAGGGCAAGCGUGUGGCCGACGUGGCCCAGCAGCUGGCCUUGAGCUACGUGGUGUACAGCGGCCUGGAGAACGUGAAGCGGCUGACGGGCGGGCGGCUGGCAGUGCCGCACUUUGACGGCAAAGGCCGGGUGGAAGAGUAUUUCCGGGCCUGCGGUGUGCCCACGACCUGCAUCCGGAUGCCCUCCUAUUUUGAGAACUUCCUAACCGUCUUCCGGCCUCAGCGGGCCCCCGAUGGAGACGGCUGGGAACUGGCCCUUCCCCUGGGAGACGUCCCGCUGGACGGGCUGGCCGUGGCUGACCUGGGGCCCGUUGUGGCCGCGCUGAUGAAGGAGCCCGAGAAGUACGGAGGCCAGACCAUCGGCCUGAGCACGGGCAAGCUCACGGUGGCCGAGUACGCGGCGCUCAUGUCCGAGCACACCGGGAAGACCGUCAGGGAUGCCAAGAUGUCCCUGGAGUCCUACCAACAGUUGGGCUUCCCUGGGGCGCGGGAGCUGGCCGACAUGUUCCGUUUCUACCGCACGGAGCCUGAGCGGGACGUCGCCUUGACCCGGAAGCUCAACCCGCAGGCAAGAACGUUCGAGGAGUGGAUCGCGGAGCACAAGGCUGCCUUUGAGGACUUGUGAGGGGAGGGGAGGCCUCUGCUCCGGAAUUGACGGGGCCGUUGGGGGCCAGCCUCAGCCUCUGCCUUGGCGCCUCUGAAGGGGCAGGAACCCACCCCCGACUGCUGUUGCCAUGCACGGAAAGGGGUGAAACACACACAACAUGCGCAGAGUGGGGUGCAGCUGCCGGACGCGGAGCCUUCACCGGCGGCAAACCCGCAAAGCCCCAGAGUGCCACGAGGACCUGUGUUUCAGCUCCCACUGCCUGCAGCACGGAGAGUGGUGUGCUUAGAUGUGCUUCUCUCUCAGUCUGAAUGGCCGAGUCUGUGAAUAGUCCUU